AUGAAUUUGGUAAAUGUGGAAUUUUCUAAAGAAACUGAUGAUAUUGAAAUUGAUGAUAACGCUGAUGAACUAGAGCAAAUUGAAGAAAUUGACAAAGUUGAUAAAAAAAUUGAAGAAAUCGACAAUAAUUAUGAAGGCGAAAUUAAAGAAACUAGAAAUCAAAAAACUAAAACAAUGGCAGAUAAGCCAUUAAUCGAUGACAUUGAGGAAGACUCAGUAAAUAAUGAAAUUUUAUAA